AUGCCUCUCGUUCGAGGUGAAGAGAUUGCCGUUUGGGGGGACCAACACAAGGCCAACGGUCACUUUGGGACAGAGGAGAAGUCGACCCUCGCUAUUGCUGGAGACUUCAAGGACAUCCCGGUCAUCGACAUUUCAGGCAUAUUCUCUCCCGACUUGAGAGACCGGCAAGCCGUGGCUGAUCAAGUACGCGAUGCCUGUGUUCGGGUUGGCUUCUUCUACGCCAAAGGUCACGGUAUACCACAAGAGAUGAUCGACAAGGCCUUUGACUGGGCCGAGAGGUUCUUCGAACUUCCCUUUGAGGAGAAGAUGGAGCUUUUCAUCAACAACCAGGACAACUACCGCGGGUACACGCCCAUGUAUGGCAGUGGUAAGCCGGACAUCGAUGGACUAGCCAAUGCCAACGAGGCCUUCGACUGGGGUCUCGACUCCAAGUUGAACGAUGACCCAGAAUACGCUUGCUCCGACCCAUACAUGAAAGGGAGCAACGUCUGGCCCGAACGCUUGCCUGGGUUCGAAGAGCACCUGUCCCAGUACUACUGCAAGCUACGAGAUCUAGGCCGAGUCAUGGCCCGUAACAUUGCAUUGUCACUGGGUCUUAGCGAAGACUCGUUUGAACCAUACCUUACUCACCCAGGUUGCUCUGCCGUCGUGGCGCAUUACCCUCCCAUGGACAUGACGAGCACGAAACUCGGACUGGAUCCUCACACGGACAAUGAAUUCAUGACGUUCCUGGCCCCGGGCAAGGUCAGAGCGCUAGAAGUCCUCAACCGCGACGGACAAUGGAUUUCUGCGCCACCGAUAGAGGGCACGUAUGUUGUCAACGUCGGUGACCAACUUCAACGCCUCACGAACAACCUGUACAUAUCCACCAUGCACCGCGUCAUCAACCAUACCGGCGAAGAAAGAAUCUCUGUCCCAUUCUUCUUCUCCGCGAAUUGGGAGUGUCUAAUCGAUCCCCUGAAGCAACUGCUCGACCCUGACGCCGAGAUCAAAUCGAACAACGUAUCAGCAGGACAGAUGUACAAACACACCAUGAUGGCUUUGCACAUUCCUGGUGACAACAACCCCAUCUUCCAGAAAUAUCUCAAGGUGGCAUAG